UGUUAGUUCGCUCAUUAUCCUCUCACUCUUAUUCAUAAAAUCAAUCACCCUCCGCCAGCACGAACGAACUUCCUAUGAUUUUCUAACCGAGUUUAGUCCCUGUCCUGCAGUUGGUGUGUUGUGUGUGAUGUUGAUUCCUGGGGUUCAAUAGCAUCGACGACUCGUUAUGAGAAGGAUAGACGCACGAUCCAUACAUACUCCACACAUACAACGGUUCCUUGGACACUUUUGUAUGAUUUAAUCCUCGCGUAACGGUUCUCGGGAGACCAUCGCAGCGGUUGACAUGGCUGCCACCAUGAAUAUGGGCCUAUUGCCCACCAUCAAAUGCUCCAAUUGUGGAAUGAAUGUCGAGAUCUCCGUAAUGGGGGACCAUGUCUGCGCACCCGUGUCUGUAUCUUCAACACCACCUCCGCCACCACCUAAACAUCACAGUCCAUCAAAAAGUAUAGGGAGAUCAGGCGUCCCCCCACCGAUUGAUCCUUUAAAAGCCAAUCGACCAUUUAUGCGCCUGGAAGCUGUGAUCAGCAGCAAGGGCGAUAUUACCCCGUUUCCAGAUGGACGGCAAUCCCCGCCUCGCCAGUUACUACGGAGCCAAACAUCUCCCCUCCCCUCUCAGCCACGAUCUCCAGAUCAGGAUGAGAUUCCGACAUUUCCCCUUCCCCGGUCCAUGUCGCAAAAGACAUCGAAGCACAUGGUCCCUCUGGACAACCCAUACAAGGCCCUACCGAUUCCAGCCGGCGCUACGGGUACGACAGGCCAGAGCAUUCGGUUACCUUUAGGCGAGCAAGCAGUAGCACCGCCGCCACCGUUGCCCAAGGACGACGUUCCAGGGCCCCUACCAACCUUCCACAAAUAUAGCUACUCCACUGAAAGUAAAAGCAGUUACCGAACUUCUGUCGCAAGCUCCCGCUAUGAUUCCAGACGAUCGACAUCAGUAUCGAUGGGGCGGCCAUCAAACGGUAGCUUGGCCCAUCAGUAUAAAUUUCUGGACGAUGCUCCCCCAGUACCGUCCACGUUCCCCGGCAAGCUGCUACGGGAUUCAACUGCAACCACGUUUUCGGACGCAAGUAUACCCCACGGCGAAAUCAAACACGACCAGGAUCAGCAUAAGCGCCAUGGCAGUGGUAAUCUCAAUCCGUCUACCGAGCGCACUAGCGACAAGGCAGCUUGCCAGGAAGAUAGGCCAGGUGCUCUCCGUGCUUCAUCUCAAACCAGCUCGGACCGUCUGAGCAGUAACCGCGGGUCCGCUGAGUUGUUCUUUAGAAGUCCUACCCCAAGUUCCAAUGGUACGCCGUCGGAACUUCUCGACCUCUCGCAGGAGCGGUCAGCCUCCCCUGCAGACAUGCGGGGCUUUGAAUACAAAGCUUACAAGAGUCCGGGCCUCCCUCAUAUCCAGACCCCCAGCCAGGAACUUGGUGACGGCGAGGGACACGCUGGAGCGCAGAAGAGGAAUUCGGAUGCCAUCAGCGAAGCCGGUAUCUCAAUCACUAACUUUGCCCGCGAGUUGGGCUUAGACACUACGGACAGCGUGGUGGAGAGCCCGACAGCUUCCUCGGUUUCAUCACCGAGUGAUACACGAAGCGGCACGUCUUUCUCUAGCAUCGGAUCAGAUAUCAGCAUGUCAAAGCGCCACCCGUCCGAUGAAGGCCAACUAGGCACCUUAGUAGAGGACCUACAAAAAGAGAAUGGCGAGAGUACGACGAUGUCAAUGACAGGCUCGGACAUUCUCGAGCCGCCGCGGAUGCCGCAACAUCUUUUCAGUCCAGACUCCCCGACCGAUCCUGCCAUCAGUACAGGAAGUGUGUCCCUUCUUCGUGAUAGGCCCAUGCAGAAACCGGCAAAGGACGACCAGCCGGAGUGCCCUGCCACAACUAGUCCUACUACUGAACGGCCUGCCCGUGCAGCCCCCCGCCCAAAGGGCCCUUGCCGCGGCUGUGGCGAGAUGAUCAUCGGGAAAUCCGUCUCGUCCGCGGAUGGCCGUCUGACGGGCCGGUAUCACCGGGCAUGCUUUGUAUGCUAUGAUUGCAAAACUCCCUUCCAAACCGCCGACUUUUAUGUUAUGGAUGACCUUCCAUAUUGCGCGCAGCACUACCACCAGCGCAAUAAUUCGGUAUGCCAUACAUGCCACACCGGGAUCGAGGGACAGUAUCUGGAGACAAUCGAACGACGGGGCCACGGCCCGGCCGAUCGCUUCAAGUUCCAUCCAGAUUGUCUCACAUGCCGCACCUGCCAAGUUGCGCUGAAAGGAGACUACUUUGAAUGGAAUGGUCAAGUCUACUGUGAGCGUGAUGCCCGCAGAGCCGCGGCUUUACCACCACCCCCUCGCUUCCAGCGCCCAGGCCCGGGAUUAUAUCCGCCCGGACCGCUACCCCCCCAUGCGCGUCAGCCCUCGCGCGGCUAUCCCCGUCCCCCACCUCCCGGAUAUGCAGGGCGCCCGAGGUCACCACGUCCUGGCCCACCUGGCCCACCUGGACCCCCAACCGCCCGUCUCCCACCACCAAGCGCACUCGACGGACCGUAUGGAAUGGCCCCAGAAGGCGGCCGGCGAUUCCCAGAGCGGAGAACCACCAGAUUAAUGAUGAUAUGAUAUUAAAAUUCCACUCCAAUGAGGCGUGUCACUUAGAUAUUACUUCCAUAUUCGGCUCGCUGGGUGGCAGAGUUACUUUCCCCCCCCCCCCUCAUUUGCUUUCUAUGUGUGCCGGAGUAACGUGUUUUUCUGUUCUGUCCAUAUUAAGGCUGCUUUAUACCCUUCGUUUCUUGUUGAUAUAGUGUUUUAUGGUGUUUGUUUCUCUGUUUUUGCACCUUCUGGGUCGGGUAUCUGAUGUUCAUGGAUGUCUUCCUAAAUAAUGUUUGAUAUAAUGCUG